UCCAAAACCGUCUCAUUGUAGAAUUAAAUUGCACGACGAUGGCUCUGAGUCUCAAUUUUGACCGGCAACAGAACCAGGUACUUUUCAUCGGAAAUUCUUGUGUGAAGGUAGUGAUACUAAACAGACCUCAGAAGCUAAACAGCCUUAGCCAUGAAAUGAAUUGUCAAAUAAAAAAGAAUUUGGAGUUGUAUGAGAAUGACCCUUCAGUCCAACUUGUGAUAUUGAAGGGUAAUGAAAGAGCUUUUUGUUCUGGUGCGGACUUGGUAUCAUUGAUUACGUCUUCAGCGGUAGGUAUUGUCCAAAACCAACAAAAAUUAUUUGAAAAAAAUUCCCUAAUUAACCUCGAAUACCACGAAAAAAAAAAGUUGAAUUAAUGGUUAGAUAU